AUGGGGUUUGAUGGCACAACGGUAGACCCCAUUAGAGUAAUUGAUUUAUCUAUCACUGCUGCAAAAAGGACAUUAAAGGAAAACUUUGUUUUGACUGAAAUACAUCAUUCCUAUAAUCUUAUUAUGGGAAGAGGUUGGAUCCACCGAAUGAAUGGAGUCCCGUCCACCUUUUAUCAGGUGAUGCGAUGCUUGUCUCCAGACAGAAAAGAGGUUAUUAACCUCUGGGGAGAUCAAGUCGCUGCAAAAGAGUGCUACAUGCUGACAGUGAAUGAGGCAAAAAAGAGGAUCAGGCAGUCCAAGCCAGAUGUGACCCUCGAAGAUAUUCCCAAAUAG